AUGAGUGAACGCCCGCAGCCUCUCAAGGCAAUCAAUAGGUUUUUCGAUGGCAAGGAGCCAUGGCAGAUCGUUACUAUGACUGCAUCAUCUAUAUUGGCUAUUGUUUGGGCAUCAAGUCUUUAUAAUGCCAGAGAGAGUCCUACUACAAGACUCCGUAAGCAGUUCUUUCGAUGGUUGCGACAUGUUCCGAUGGUGAGGCGGAAGAUUGAGGAGAAAAUGGCAGAGAUCCAAAGGGAUUUCCGCAAGGAUGUGGCAAAGAGAUUAGCUGGCACCGUCAUCAGGCGAGAACUACCUGAAAAGGGUCUCACGGCAGAACAAGUGGCAGAGGAAGUCAGAGUCCAUGUAAAUUUGGGCUCAUACGACUGGAAGAACGGUAGCGUAUCCGGCGCCGUGUACCACUUGAGUGAAGAAAUCUCGCGCGUGGCGAGCGACGCGUACGCUCUCACCGCUUACACUAACCCGCUGCAUUCUGAUGUGUUCCCGGGCAUCAACAAGAUGGAGUCCGAGAUCGUUCGCAUGGCCAUCAACCUAUUCAACGGGAACGAUGGAUGCUGCGGUACGGUGACGACUGGUGGCACGGAGUCUAUAAUAAUGGCAUGCAAGGCGUUCCGCGACCUUGCCUACGACAAUGGCAUCACCAACCCCCAGAUUGUGGUCCCUUCGACGGUGCAUUCUGCCUUCGACAAGGCAGCGCAGUACUUGGGGCUGUCCGUCAAAACUGUGCCUGUUGAUCCGGAGACGCUCUGUGUCGAUAUUGAUGCUGUGAGGAGAGCCAUCGGGAGAAGAACUUGUUUGAUAGUGGGCUCAGCGCCAAACUUCCCGUACGGUACAAUGGACGACAUCGCCGCGCUGUCAGCGCUGGCGUGCGAGUACUCGGUCCCCUUGCACGUGGACGCGUGCCUGGGCGGGUUCGUGGCCGCCUUCAUGACGGAGGCGGGACAUCAUAUCCCCGCCUUCGACUUCAGGCUGCCCGGUGUGGCCAGUAUAUCAGCUGAUACUCAUAAGUACGGAUACGCACCGAAGGGGACUUCAGUGAUACUGUAUAGACACGAGAAGUACCGCCAUUGUCAAUAUACAGUCACUACCGAGUGGCCCGGCGGUGUCUACGGCUCGCCUACAGUCAACGGCAGCAGAGCGGGCGGUUUAAUAGCGGCAUGUUGGGCCACCAUGAUGUACGUGGGGAGGGACAGAUACGUGCAGAUGACCCAUGAGAUCAUCACUACCGCCAGAUACAUGGAGAAAGAGUUGCGUAAGAUCGAAGGCAUAUUCGUGUUCGGCAAGCCGGCCACGUCUGUGGUUGCGUUCGGCUCGAAACAGUUCGACAUCUUCAAGCUGGGGCAAGCGCUGAGCGAGAAGGGCUGGAGUUUGAGCGCCUUGCAGUUCCCUUCUGGACUGCAUAUAUCGGUGACUCACGCGCAUACUCAGACGGGUGUAGCAGAUCGGCUCAUAGAAGACGUGAGAGUCGCCGCCGCCAAAUGUAUGCGGAGCGCCGGAGCCCCCUGCACCGGAAAGAUGGCGUUCUACGGCGUGGGUCAAGAGAUUUCCGACAGAAGCCUCGUGUCGGACAUCACCAAGUAUUUCAUAGACUCGAUGUACUACCUCCCGAAACCCGGCGACGACGAAUAG